CAUAUUAACCCUACCGUGGCUUUGUAACAUUCUUAUCUCUUAGUACUCCAUCCAGAUAGUCAUUUCGAAAAGUUACCGAAAGUGGACUAUUCCACAAGUCUGAUAGCAAAGAACCCCAUAAGUUGUCUUCCAUUCUGAUGUCCAAUCGAAAAUUGACUCGAAUUGAUUGGAGAUGGAAACUUGGUCGGUGUUAUUGGCAGAUGUAGACAAGAGGGAUAAAAUCUACAGAACUAUUCAGUAUCUUUGUAAGUUAUAUUGUGGUUUACCUUAUGGAAGUGCAGAAACUAAGUUAGGUGUACGAAAGUUGGCAAAAGUUCUUUCUUCUGCAAGACAAGUCUUACGCCUUGGCAAAUCUUUUCUAGUGUGGAACAAAAUUCGUAGUCAACCCAAGAUGGUUGACCCAAUUUCCUUCUCUUUGAUAAGGCUGAGUGACUUUUCAUUUAUGCUUUAUUUUUUGUACGAUAAUAUUGCCUGGUUAUUUCGCUCUGGGUUGAUUGUUGGAAAGGAAAAAGGACCUCGACGAAAAGCUACCGAAUUUUACUUGAGUGGUGCAGCUUUCAAUCUUUUAGAAAAUACAAGACAGCUUUUGAAAAUUGUAUUUAUGGAGCGUCAUUAUUCUUCAAGUGAACACAGUCAGAAUGAAAUGAUGGGAGAACAGCAUUUCUCAGCACAGAUGAAGCAUGAUAGGAUAUGGAAACAGCGACUAUAUUUGACAAUAUGUAUAUGUAUCCGUCUCAUUCUGGAUAUUAUUGUGGCAUUGAAUAUUCUUCGAGAUGACUCCAAAGAUACUAUCUUUAAUGGCAUUUGUGGUUCCUUAUCUUCCAUCAUUGCCUUUUAUAUAUCAUGGCCAGUGAAGAAAAGCAUUUCAUCGGAAUAAAAGAAAAUCAUUGACUGAUUGAUGUAUUUAUUAACCUUUCUAAACGUGGGUACACAGACAGUAUUGGAAAAGAGACCACUUUUAUUAAUAGAUAAGAGUUUUUA